GUGCGCGUGCGCGUGUGCGUCUCCCGUGCGCGUGCGCGGCGUCUCCUGCCCGGUCUCUGCGGCCGCGUGUAGCAGCCGGCACCCUGCACCCGUUUGAGGGAGGUUUUGUCGUGGGGUGACUCUGGUGAGACGCCUCCUGUGAGCAGCCCGUGUGCCAUUCCUCAGGGCGGACUUCCGGUGAGCCCCCCAGGCUGGAUUUCUAGCAAGCUCCGCGGGUGUGCGGCGCGGAUCAGCUCUCCGCCAGAGCCACAGGCGUGCCCCUUGGUGGCCCGUGAGCAGACCUCCCCCCACCUCCGCCAUGUCUGCGAGAACCAUCAUCAUCGACCAUGGCUCUGCCUUUCUGAAGGCUGGCUUGUCGGGCUGGAAUGAGCCCCAGCUGGUCUUGCCCAGUGUCGUGAACUACAUCCCCUGCCGGGAGAACCCGGGCCCCAGCUACGCCCGGCGGCGUGUGAGUCUCGGCAUCGACAUCUGCCGACCUGACACCUUCAGCUAUCCCGUGCAACGGGGCCGCGUCAUCAACUGGGAGGGUGUGGAGCACAUCUGGUCAUUUAUCCUGGAGAAGCAUCGGCUGGAGCAUGGGGACUUCCCUGUGAUCGUCACAGAGAGCCCCCUGAAAGAGCCCACAGACCGUCAGAAGACCCUGGAGAUCAUGUUCGAGUUGCUGGAUGUGCCAUCCGUCCUCCUGGCCGACCAGCGGGAGAUGUCGCUGUACUCGUCCGGCCUGCUGACGGGCGUGGUGGUGGACUCGGGCUGUGGCCUGACCCGCGUGCAGCCCUUCCACCUCGGCCGCCCGCUGUGGCCCGGGGAGAAGACGCUGGAGUUCGCGGGCCAGGACCUCUCGGCCUAUCUCUUCAAGAGCCUCUUCAAGGAAGAUUACAAUCGCCACAACCUGUUCCAGCUGGACACUGUGGCCAGCACCCAGAUGAAUAAGUGCUACGUGCCGCAGAAUCUGGGGGAGGAGCUGGACUUCUAUCAGAGCCUGCCAGAUGGCGCCGACAGGAGCAACAGCUACCUGCUCCCAGAUGGCACCCCCGUGGAGCUGACCGCCAUGCAGCGGCUGGCCCCCGAGAUGUUCUUCAGCCCCCAGGUGUUCAACCUGCAGGGGCCCAGCCUCCCCCAGGCCGUCGUGGAGUCCAUCGAGGCCUGCGAGCCCAGCCUGUGCCCGCUGCUCACCUCCCACGUGGUGCCCUGCGGGGGAAACACCCUCUACCCUGGCUUCACCACGCGUCUCUACCAGCUGAUGUCCAGCCACUUCUCCCCCACCAGGGCCUCCGUGUUUGCGGGUUCCAACAGGCACUUCAGCGUUUGGCUGGGAGCGUCCGUCGUGGCUCAUCUGUCGACGUACAAGUCCGAGUGGGUGACCAAGGCGGAGUACAAUGAGCGCCUCAGGCUGUGACCCGUGGCCCGCUCCCGCAGCCCAGCUCCCCUCCUCCGGGCCUGGUGGGCUCAUCCCAGCGAGAGGCUGGGCCGGGGUGGGGUUAGCUGGCCUCAGGCUGUGACCCGCGGCCCGCUCCCCUCCGACGGGCCUGGGUGGGCUCAUCCCAGCGAGAGGCUGGGCCGCGGUGGGGUUAGCUGGCCUCAGACUGUGACCAGCGGCCCGGUCCCGUGGCCCAGCUCCCCUCCGACGGCCUGGGUGGGCUCAUCUCGGCGAGAGGCUGGGCCCCGGUGGGGUUAGCUGGCCUCAGGCUGUGACCAGCGGCCCACUCCCCUCCGAUGGGCCUGGGUGGGCUCAUCCCAGCGAGAGGCUGGGCCGGGGUAGGGUUAGCUGGCUUCAGGAUGUGACCAGCGGCCAGCUCCCAUCCGACGGGCCUGGGUGGGCUCAUCCCAGCGAGAGGCUGGGCUGGGGUGGGGUUAGCUGGCUUUGGAAUUCAAAGGUCAUGGGAGAUUUUUCUAGGUUCUAGGGUUUUAUCUUGUUUCAAGAGUGGGAUCCACCCCGUGGGAGGACAGGGUACCACCCUGGAAACCCUUUGGGGGGCUGGUCUGUCACUGGGAUGGAGCGGCCAGCUGCCAUCUCCACGCUUAACAGUUGCUUGUUUUUUCCUGGCAUUUCUCUUGGGCGGUCCCAUUCUUUUGAUUGAGUAGGUUUUAAUGGGGCAAGGGAGAAUUAUUUUUGAGUAGGGGAUAGGGUGGGUGGGGAUGGGAGAGUUGAAGUUCGUAGACCUCCCCCCUCCUUCCAGCUGAGUGGGGGUUGGUGCAGGAAGCCUGGCGCGCCCUUCCUGCCCUUGGGCCCCUGGCCGAGGACUUGUUUACCGAGUGCAAAUAAAUACCUUGUUUGGAA